AUGCCCAUGCACCAAUUUGAGCUCGAUCAGGCGCACCGUUGUUGUUUGAUGUCGAGGAUAGUAGCGAGUCCGCUCCGUGAGGUGGCGUCGACGACGGUCGACCGAGGAAAGCUUGGCCGUUCAUCAUUAUUGGAUGAGGUACUCCCCCUGCUGCCGGCUGGGCGCCAUUACUGCGCUGGGUUGAACCGUUUUGAGGUGGGAUGGGUCCUACGUGAAAGGGCGGGGCGGGAUGCAGUUGAAGUUGUUGAAGCUGUAAUGGCAUCUGCCCCGGCUGGGGCUGGUAAUGCUGAUGUGGUGGCUGCAGGCGCUGCUGCUGAUAGAUAUUAA